AUGCCUCGAAGAGGAACCGCUAAACGUAAGCGCAUUGUUGAACGAAGACGCACAACAGUAACAGCAGUUGAUUUCAAAUAUGCUAACGGUCAGACAAUGAAUGACAGUGUGGUUGCAGUGAUCGUUGGAGGUGCUGUUGAUGAGUACGAAGACGACAAAAGUGAAGCUGAAGAAUCUGACAAUGAUGAUGGUUUUCCAUCUCAGUUAGCUGAUAUUGUUUUUGGUUUUUGUAACGAUAUGGAUAGUGUCGAUGUACCAUCAAAGAAAGACUGGGCUUCGGCCUUGAUGAUUUUUAAAGCACGAUGUGGUAUUACCAACACGACAAUGAAUUUCGUAUGCAAAAUGCUUAGGUUGAAGAAUAUAUCUCCAUACUACCAAAAUGUUCCUCAUAGUUGGGAUGCAAUUAAAUAUACAUUAUCCGAUCGUAAUUUGAAUUGUGUUUAUCAAACUUAUUAUUAUUGUAAUUUAUGUGAAACAGUGGAUAAGAUGAAAUGUUCAUGUGGAAAAAAUGAUACAACAAUAUUUUAUUACUCAUCGAUUCAACGCCAAAUACAACAAAUAUUAUUAAUGCGUAAUACGUACACAAAAAUAUGUGCAGCACGUAACGACAUUGACAAUAAUUAUUCGCACACACAUUAUGCUAAAAUACUUAAAUCUUGUCCCGAUUCAUGUGCAACACUGUUAUUAAAUUCUGAUGGUGUUGAACUUCUUAAAGGAGUUGGAAUAUGGCCAUUUAUGUUAGUUUUGAAUGAAUUACCAAUAAAAGCGCGAUUUAUGUUAAAAAACAUCGUGUUACCACUAAUUUGGCCCACUGGUAAACUUCCCACGACUAAACAAAUUCAAGCAUCAGCUCGAAUUCUGGUAGCUGAAUUAGUGGAGCUCGAAGUAGGAUGUGACUAUUAUAUACCGGAAUUAGGGCGGACAACAAAAUUAUACUUAUACACAAUAGCCUCUUGUAAUGACAAACCAUCCCAAUGCAAAAUGGAAAAUGUGAAAUCCUAUAUGGCUGAAUAUGGCUGUGGUGUUUGUUAUACAAGGGGUGAUCUGUUUCAUUUUAAUAAAUUGACACAAUAUAGUUUAUUCAAAAUUCGCCAGAAAGUAUUAAAACGUCAACCACCAUUACGUGUCUAUCCAUACGAACAAACACCUACUUUACGUACCAAUCAAACGCAUGAUGAAAUUCUCGCUAAAAUGAGAAAAGAAAAUUUGACCGAUGAAAAAGGACAUUUAGGUAAAGUAGAGUUGUAA